AUGAGUUUCAAUUCCCCUCCUGUAGAAGCCCUGAAGACGUCGCUGCCAGAAGCUGAACUCAUAGAAAAGAUCCGACAUGUCCACGUCAUUGGCAUUCGGUCCAAAACGAAGCUUACCGAGACCAUUCUACGUGAAGCAAAGAAUCUACUUGUUAUCGGCUGCUUCUGUAUCGGAACCAACCAAGUUGACCUCGAUUAUGCAGCUAAGCAGGGAAUCGCUGUUUUCAACUCGCCUUUGCAAAUUCUCGUAGUGUGGCCGAGUUGGUAA